GAGUCUAGUGUCUAUCUGCCUAGUUAGCAUUCCGCUCGUUUCAACCGAAGAUUGCUCAAACAGGAUGAAAGAACCCGAAGAAAAUGGUGAUAAAACUCCUCCCUCAUCUCUGCAAAAUGAUAAAGAGGUUUUCAAGUCCCCAACGUCUUCCAUCUCUACGGAAAGUGGAGUGGACAUGAAAUUCUACUCAUUUCGUUCCAGCUCAGCUCGUCGGAAGCCAAUCGUACCUGUCACUGGCAACGAUGAUGGAGUCCAUGACACGUCAACGGAUAGCGUCUUUACGGAAUCCUACCUCAGUUCCAUUACCUCCAGCAACAAGCAAGAGAUAAAGACUCCCUGGGAGGCAGUGUACGCCUUCCGCCAGGGCCGAAAGCUUGUAAAGCCAACAUUCCAAGGUAGAGUAUACAAUUUCUUGGAAAGACCCAAAGAAUGGAAUUCCAUCAUCUAUCACAGCUUAAUGUAUGCGGCCAUACUGGGAUCUCUACUACUCAGUGUUCUAUCCACAGUAGCCGAAGAUAACAUAACUUAUUCCAGAGCUGUUUAUUUAGUGGAAGUUGUGUUAGCUGUUAUUUUUACCACAGAAUAUGUUGCUCGAGUGUGGUCAGCUGGUUGUAGGAGCAAGUACUUAGGCUUAUGGGGUCGUCUUAGAUUUGUCACCAAACCCAUUUGUAUUAUUGAUUUCAUUAUCAUCAUGUCAAGCAUAUUUGUGAUAAUUCUUGGUUCUGAUGGCUACUCGUUUGGUGCUAAAGCAAUAAGGGGUGUGAGGUUCCUGCAAAUCCUCAGGAUGUUGCAUGUUGACAGAGAAGGUGGAUGUUGGAGGCUUUUAGGUUCUGUGGUUAUGGAACACCGACAGGAAAUGUUUACAGCAUUAUACAUAGGCUUCUUAGGCUUGGUGUUCUCUUCCUAUUUUAUGUUCCUCAUUGAAAAAGAUGCCAUUGUCAACAGUAUGCCAUCAACUGCAUUUGCAACAUACGCUGAUGCUCUCUGGUGGGGUGUGGUAACUAUGAUGACUAUAGGUUAUGGUGAUAAAGUACCUUUGACAUGGUCAGGACGCCUGCUCGCAUGUUUGUCUGCUAUGUUCACUGUAUCAUUUUUUGCUCUUCCAGCCGGUAUUCUGGGCUCUGGUUUUGCUCUGAAAGUUCAGCAACAGCAAAGACAAAAACAUUUCAGUCGUCAGAUUCCAGCAGCUGCUACUCUUAUACAAACAUUAUGGCGAUGUUAUGCUGCUGAUAAACAUUUCAAUUCUGUAGCAACAUGGAAAAUUCAUUUGAAGAGCCCAUCUACUAAUACAACUAAGUACAAUAAAACAAUGGCAGCUCUAAGGCGAAGAAGGCUAAUAAAGUACAAAGCUGAAAGUGAAAAAAAUGACCAGAAUGAUAGGUCUUGUGGAGAAAUUGCUGUAACUUUAGAAGAACCCAAAUCAGGUUAUUUAAUAUACUGAUUUUUACUUUUCUUU